CUCCCCUAGCGUCCCCGUUGAACACCCGUGGUGAAGCAGCGCAUGCGAUUGGGAGAAAGAACCAACUUCGUGGGGCAGCCUACAGCACAAAAAAAAGCUUACUACGCGCUGUGAACAUGGCUGCAGUUACAACCAACGGUACUGAACAAGACUCCACAUCGACAAACGAGCAAAAUGGAACAUUGGACAAAGGAGAAAACGGGAAAAAGAAGCAGGCCCCCACAGACUCGAAACAGGAACCGGGUGACAACGAGGACGGAACAGAAAUGGACGUGAGCGGAGACAGCAAAGAGAAGCCUUCAGUCGCAAAAGAAUCGGUUUUGUCCACGGAAAAUGGUAACAAAGAAGAACCGGCCUGUGAACUGUCUGAACCGGUUAAAAGUCCCGUGGAGGGAAUCCCUGCGAGCAGCACCGAAACCGGGGAGAGCAUCGUGGAGCUGAAUCAAGAACAAAGAGAGGAGAGCGUGUCCUCGCCUCCCAGCUCCGACAAGACCAAAAGCGAGGAAUCCACGGAGAAAACCGACCGCGGUAUCAAAAGACUGGCCAGUGUCGAGAUAUCAUCCUCGGAUGGAGAACCUCUCAGUCGAAUGGAUUCGGAAGACAGUAUCAGCAGUACUCUGAUGGACAUGGAGAGCACAGCGUCCAGCGGGCGCUCCACACCUGCCAUGAUGAACGGGCACGGCCCUGGCACCGCCACCCCGUCGGUGGGUAAGGGCGUGGCAUACACCUGCUGCUGGGACCAAUGCCAGCUCCUCUUUACCACCAGCCCAGACCUGGCUGAGCACAUCAGGGGCGUGCACGUGGACGGACAACGAGGAGGGGUGUUUGUGUGUCUGUGGAAGGGCUGCAAGGUGUAUAACACCCCGUCGACCAGUCAGAGCUGGCUUCAAAGACACAUGGUCUCACACAGCGGAGACAAACCAUUCAAGUGUGUGGUGGGGGGUUGCAAUGCCACGUUUGCCUCCCAGGGGGGGCUGGCGCGCCACGUACCUACCCACUUUAGCUCCCAGAACUCCAACAAGCUGGCCAACCAGGCCAAGAUAAAGGAGGAUUCACCUUCGAAGGCGGGGCUAAACAAGAGGCGGAAACUCAAGAAUAAACGCAGGAGGUCUUUACUGUGUUCUGUCCCUCCAGCACGACCUCACGACUUCUUUGAUGCCCAGACCAUGGAUGCUAUCAGACACCGGGCCAUCUGCCUCAACCUGGCUACACAUAUAGAGAGCCUGGGCAACGGGCACAGUGUGGUGUUUCACAGCACGGUAAUAGCGAGGAGGAAGGAAGAUUCUGGGAAGGUUAAAGUCCUCCUCCACUGGACUCCUGAGGACAUACUACCUGAUGUGUGGGUGAAUGAGAGUGACCGGCCGCAGCAGAAGACCAAGGUGGUCCAUCUCUCCCAGCUGCCCCAGGACACACACGUACUGCUGGACCCCAACAUAUACAGGAUGUUCUUCUAGAGACUAAGAACAACCAAUCAAGAGACUCCGAAGGAGCCUGACGAUGUCGCCUCUCAUAGGAAGUCCCUAUGUCAUGUCUUGUCUUGUCUGGACAGGAGUGAAAACCAGAGAUUUCAUUACCUCUUAUUUCCCCCUUUUUUCUUUGUUCACUUUCUGCUCUUUUCACUUUCUUUUCAAUGUCAAAUUCCUCCAAAUGAUGAAGUGAAUUUAGUAUUUGUUUUUAAUGGUUUCUGAAAAUACACUAUAUAUACACAGUAGUGUGUGGACACCCCUUCAAAUGAGUGGAUUUGGCUAUUUCAGCCACUGUGGAAAUGUCUAGGAUCAACAACGGCUCAGCCGCGAAGUGGUAGGCCACACAAGCUCACAGAAUGGGAUGGCUGAAGAACAUAGUGUGUAAAAAUCAUCUGUCCUCAGUUUCAGCACUCACUACAAAGUUCCAAACUGCCUCUUGACGCAACAUCAGCACAAGAACUGUUUGUGGGGAGUUUCAUUAAGUGGGUUUCCAUGACUGAGCAGCUGCACACAAGCCUAAGGUCACCAUGCGCCAAGCCAAGCGUUGGCUGGUGUAAAGCUCGCUGCCAUUGGACUCUGGAGCAGUGGAAACGCGUUCUCUGGAGUGAUGAAACACGCAUUACCAUCUGGCAGUCCAACGGCCGAAUCUAGGUUUGGUGGAUGCCAGGAGAACGCUACCUGCCCAAACGCAUAGUGGCAACUGUAAAGUUUGAUGGAGGAAGAAUAAUCGUCUGGGGCUGUUUUCCAUAGUUUAGGCUAGGGCCCUUAGUUCCAGUGAAGGGAAAUCUUAAUGCUACAGCAUACGAUAUUCUAGACAUGAUGUGCUUCCAACUUUGUGGCAACAGUUUGGGGAAGGCCCUUUCCUGUUUCAGCAUGACAAUGCCCGCAUGCACAAAGCGAGGUCCAUGCAGAAAUGGUUUGUCGAGAUCGGUGUGAAAGAACUUGACUUGCCUGCACAGUGCCCUGACCUCAACUCAGUCGAACCUUUGGGACGAAUUGGAACGCCGACUGCGAGCCAGGCCUAAUCGGCCAACAUCAGUGCCAGCCCGACCUCACUAAUGCGCUUGUGGCUGAAUGGAAACAAGUCCCCGCAGCAAUGUUCCAACACCUACUGGAAAGUCUUCCCAGAAGAGUGGAGGCAGUUAUAGCAGCAAAGGGGGGACCAACUCCAUAUUAAUGCCCAUGAUUUUGGAAUGAGAUGUUCGACAGGCAGGUGUCCACAUACUUUUGGUCAUGUAGUGUAGGCCAAAUGUAUUAUAUACUAGGUGCUAAACAUUUGAGCCAUUUUAGUUAAUAGAAUUAGACUAUGAGUUUAACAGCACAGUUACUUGAUGUUGUAGAGACCUAGUUGUAUUUUGUAGAGAAACUUGUCUUUGUAAAUACUCCUGGAGAUUGGUAAUUUAUUUUUAUACCUUGAAAUUGUACUGUAGAUGUUUUAUUAUUUCUGCUCCAAUGUUUUAAACUGUAAUAAUUGUACAUAAUGCAAUAGGAAAAUAGUUUUGAUGGACGAUAUCAAUUCCUUAUUAUUUCUUUAAAGGCUGUUAAGUACACCCGGCUUCUGUCUGACACUAGCUAGGUCAAUUUUACCGUCGCAGCUUCUGAUGGGUCAUGAUGAUGAGGAAGUUGUAAGGUGUAUGUGUUUGUUAUCUUUGUGCUGCUGGCAAUAGACAGGAACAGUAUUAACCCCUCUCCAGUCUUCUGUCAGACUGGCUAACUAACCUCUGCAUGUUAGUGUCCACAGGGAUUAGAGACAAUCAUGUUGAACUAUACAGUAGGACUGUUCGCGGUCUGUCUGAACAUCCUAUAGGGGUCCAUUUAUAACGUGGCAUCACAGGUCUUUUGGAAUAAAAUGUUUAAAUAAAA